UGUAGAGUAAACAAAACAGAAAGGGCAGAGAGAGAUUUGUUUGAACUUUGAAGAGGGGAGAGAGAGAGAGAGAGAGAGAGAGAGAGUUUGAAGAGGAGUGAGAAAAAGAGAGGAGUUCGGAUCGAAUACCUUUUGUAUAGGGGUGUCCUUUUUAGGGUUUCUCUUCCAAAAUUGAAACCCUAAUCUUUUUCGUCUUCCUUUCGCACAGAUCGAUUGCCAAGGUCAGGCUCUUGACUAUCUUUCACAAUCCAAAACCCUAGUUCGGCGCAAAUUCAAUUUCUAUAACCCCUAACCUGUAGCGCUUUUUCUUUAUUUUCUUUCUUUCUUUCUUUCUUUUUCUCUUUUCAAUUAAGCAGAUCGAAUUAGGGUUCCCUAUUUCGUGAAUUUUUAUUUAAAAUUUUUUUUUUUCUCUUUUCAAUUAAUGAUUGGAGCCCUAGUUUGUCACCGAUUCGGUUUCGGUGAUAGAGGAAAAAGCUUGGGUUUUUGAGAAGAUCGAAAAGUCUAGGGUUUUUUUUUUGUAGAGUGUGGCACUGAGGUUUCAUGUAUGGCUUCGGGGACAUUAGGUGCCGACGAUUCAAGAGAAAAGCAGAGAUGGGGAGAUGGUAACAAGGUAUAUACGAGGAAGAUUCACAACAAGGGCCUCAAGAAUAACAACACCAACACCAACAACAGCAGCACCGCCGCCGCCCCGACCAGCAAUGCCAUCACCACCGUCACUGCCCCUGAUGAUGCACCCAAUAAGAACAACAACGACAACGAUGACAACAACGCCAAUAACACCACUACCAGCAACAACAACAACAACGCCAAUAACACCACUACCAACAACAACGUUCCUCAACAAUCUUCGCAAACCCUAGCUACCGAAGAGGCUAAUUCGUCGCAGCAGCAGCAACAAACUGUGUCACGAUUAGAUGCCCCCUCUGAUGAUUCCUCGAACCACAAUCCUACGUCCCAAGUUGCUGCUGUAAAUGGUUGUGAACCACCUAAUAGAAAUGGGGUGAUUAAAGCGGUUGUUACAAAAGUUGACAAUCGGGUUAGGAUUAAUUUAGCAGCAGCGGGAUCGAAGGAUGAAAUUCGGGAGCUUAGGAGGAAGCUUGUGAGUGAGCUUGAUCAGGUGAGGAGUUUAAAGAAGAAGCUUGAAGCCAAGGAGGUUCAGCUAACUGUAAAUUCUGCUUCUGCUGCUGCUGCUGCUGCUGGUGGUGGUGGUGGUUACAGCCAGUCACAGUAUUCGGCAAAUGAUGUGAUGAACAGGGGAGGCUUAGUGAGAGUGAAUUCUGAGGUGGGUUCUGUUGGUCUUCAUAAUUCAAGGCCUUUCAGGCAGCUAAGUGUUCCAGUGAUGGAGAACAAUAAUGGGGUUGGUGAAUUCGUUGAGAAAGAGAAAAGAACUCCGAAAGCAAAUCAAUAUUACCGAAACUCAGAAUUCCUUCUUGGAAAAGAAAGGUUACCUCCUGCUGAAAGCAACAAGAAGUUGAAAUCAAACGGUGGGAAGAAGCAUGGUGGUGAGAUGGGAUACAGAUUUGGAAUGGAUAAGUAUAUGAAUCAAGCAUUCAAGAGCUGUAGCAAUUUGCUCGGAAAGUUGAUGAAGCACAAGCAUGCUUGGGUGUUUAAUAAGCCGGUUGAUGCCAAGUCACUUGGACUCCAUGACUAUCAUGAUAUAAUCAAGAAUCCAAUGGAUAUGGGUACAGUUAAGAGCAAACUAGCCAAGAAUUGGUACAAGUCUCCGAGGGCAUUUGCAGAGGACGUAAGACUUAUAUUCCGAAAUGCCAUGACCUAUAAUCCAAAGGGGCAGGAUGUUCACAUUAUGGCAGAACAGAUGUCGGAAUUUUUCGAAGAGAAGUGGGCAGUUAUAGAGGCGGAGUAUAAUCUUGAUUGGAGGUAUGAAAUGGUUCAUGGUGUUGGUUUGUCUACUCCCAUUUUUGGGAAGGCUCCUCUUCCUUUCCCAUCUGCUCCAGAAAUAAGAAGUUUGGACAGAUCAGAUUCGAUGACAGUCUCUGUAGAUUCAAGACCGAAAACUUCAAAUAUUGCUUCGGUAGGUAGGACACCAGUUCCAAAAAAACCCAAAGCAAAGGACCCCAACAAAAGGGACAUGACUUAUGAGGAGAAGCAGAGGCUCAGCACAAACCUUCAAAGUUUACCCUCAGAAAAGCUGGACAACAUUGUCGAGAUCAUUAAGAAGAGUAAUUCAGCAGUUUGCCAACAUGAUGACGAGAUUGAAGUGGACAUUGACAGUGUUGAUACAGAAACACUUUGGGAACUUGAUAGGUUUGUGACCAAUUACAAAAAGCGUUUGAGUAAGAAUAAGAGAAAAGCUGAACUUGCUCUCCAAGCAAGAGCAGCAGCUAGCCAAGCUUUCCCCGCAGUGAACCCAGCAUCGGCUCAUGUGGAAGCACCAAAAGAAACUAGAACAGAUGAAAAGAAUGCUACUUCUCCUGUUCAGGGAGAGAGGCAAGGGGAUAAUGCAAGUAGGUCAAGUAGUUCAAGCAGUUCUAGCAGUGAUUCUGGUUCCUCUUCAAGUGAUUCUGAUAGUGAUAGUUCUUCUGGAUAUGGAUCAGAUGCGGGGCAUUCACCUAGGACUUGAAUGGAUGAUUUAAGCAGAUCUGUCAAAUUCACACUGACAUCAGCCUAAUGAUUUUUAGAGUGCUGUCUGCUUCUGCCUAUUAGCGGAGGUGUCCGGAAGUGUCCAAGGGGUUUAGCAGUUUAGUUGCAGAAUGGGAUGCCUUUACUAGAACAUUUGGAAGUGUAGGUCAGAGAACUCUUAUUCUUGCCAUGACUUGAACUUGUUGAUCUGCAUUUGAAGGCGGUUACUUUUUUUAAGAAGAUUGUGUAUGAUAUCGAUUGGAUAGCAUGGUGAUGAGAGUUUAUUUUUUUGGGUGUAGCAAAUGUAAAUUGCCAAGAAUUGCUACCAAUUUCAGUUAUGAGAAAUUGUGCUAGGUUUUUAUUUUAUAACAUUGCGCAUAGUUACUAUUCAACUCAAAGAAAGGAGACUAGUAAUAGAAGAGUCUAGGUCAUUGAGCUAGGGGAUAAAGUUUCAAUUUUAGCAGUUGUUUUCAUUUUUAUAAGACUAGCUAAACCAGAUGGAAUUGUAUAUUGUAAAAUGUCACUUACUGUUGAAGCAAAAUCACAAUAAGUUAGCGAAGGAUUUUUUAUUUA